AUGGAUUUCAUCUUUCAUGAAAAACAAGAAGGCUUCCUUUGUGCUCAGCACUGCCUGAAUAAUCUGCUGCAAGGAGAAUAUUUUAGCCCUGUGGAAUUAGCUUCAAUUGCACAUCAGCUAGAUGAAGAAGAGAGGAUGAGAAUGGCAGAAGGAGGAGUCACCAGUGAAGACUAUCGCGCAUUUUUACAGCAGCCUUCAGAAAACAUGGAUGAUAGCGGCUUCUUCUCCAUUCAGUGGUUUAACUUGAAUUCUCUCUUGGCGGGUCCAGAAUUAUUAUCAGAUAUAUGCCUUGCAAAUUUCUUGACUCAGCUGCAACAGGAAGCAUAUUCUGUAUUUGUUGUUAAAGGGGAUCUGCCAGACUGUGAGGCUGACCAACUGCUGCAAAUCAUCAGUGUUGAAGAGAUGGAUAGACCAAAACUUAAUGGAAAAAAAUUAGCCAAAGAAAAAGACCAGAGAGUCUAUAAAACAGUUCUUGAAAAAGUGUCAGAAGAAAGUGAUGAGUCUGGAACAUCAGACCAAGACGAGUUGGAUUUUCAGAGGGCCCUGGAACUAAGUCGCCAAGAAACCAAUAAAGAAGAUGAAGAUCUCCGCAGGGCUAUUGAGCUAAGCAUGCAAGGUAGUUCCAGAAACACAUCGCAAGAUCUUCCAGGGACAUCAUGUGGAACUCCUGCUUCGGAAGAGCCAAAGAAAAUAAAAGACUAUUUUGAAAAGCAUCAGCAGGAACAGAAGCAGCAGCAACAACAGUCAGAUCCGCCAGGUCACAGUUCAUAUCUACACGAAAGGCCAACAACAAGUUCGAGAGCAAUUGAGAGUGAUCUCAGUAACGACAUCAAUGAAGACAUGGUACAGGCCACUGUCGACACUGUUUUAGACAUUAUGAGAAAGAAUCUGAAAAUCAAAGGAGAAAAAUAA